AUGACUGUGGAUGCUGCUUCAGCCUCGGUGCUGCUCGAUCCUAGGGAAGGUAUCGAUGCUGGCAAGAAACUUCUCAACCUGCUUAAGAACCCCUUUGCGGACCAGCUUGCCGGCGCGUCGCUUCUUUCUGCCCUCAUCACUUCACUCAGCUUUACCGUCCUCGCGACGGUCUUCUUCUCCCUCCUACGACCCCAUCACCAAGCAUUAUACGCUCCAAAGCUCAAACAUGCCGACGAGAAGCAUGCUCCGCCCCCCAUAGGCAAGUCGCCGUGGGCCUGGCUCAACCCCUUGUGGAGCACUAGCGAGGAGGACCUCAUCACCCAGAUCGGAAUGGACGCAACCGUCUUCCUCCGCUUCGUCCGCAUGUGUCGCAACAUCUUCCUCAUCCUCUCCCUCAUCUACGUCUGCGUCAUCGUUCCCGUCAACAUAACCCACUACAGCAAAGACGUCGCCCCCAAGGAUACAAACUGGUUCAGCACAAUCACCCCUGAGUACGUCUGGGGCAAGGCCAACUGGGCCCAGGUCGUUGUCUCCUGGCUCAUGGACCUCUCCAUCGUCCUCGUCCUCUGGUGGAACUACCGCAAGAUCACCAAGCUUCGCCGUGCCUACUUUGAGAGCGAUGAGUACCAGGACAGCCUGCACGCUCGAACCCUCAUGCUCUGGGACAUCCCCCGCCAGAUGCGCUCCGACGAGGGCAUUGCCAGGAUAAUUGACGAGGUCGUUCCCAACUCGUCAUUUGCCCGCACCGUUGUCGCCAGAGACGUCAAGGACCUGCCCCGGAUCAUCAGCGACCACGACCACGCCGUCCGUAAGCUCGAAAAGAUACUCGCCAAGUACCUCAAGAACCCCCAGCAGCUGCCCCCCGGCCGUCCCACCUGCAAGCCGUCGAAGAAGGACCGUGCCUACGACACCUACCCCCGCAACCAGCGCGUCGACGCCAUCGAGUACUACACCCAGCGCAUCCGCUCCCUCGAGCUGGAGAUCAAGGAGGCCCGCGCCAAUGUCGACAGGCGUGGUAUCAUGCCCUACGGCUUCGCCAGCUACGACGACAUCUCCGAGGCCCACAACAUUGCCUAUGCCUGUCGCAGCAAGAAGCCUCACAGCACCACUGUCAAGCUCGCUCCCCGACCUAACGACCUCAUCUGGACCAACAUGCCCCUGUCCAAGGGCGCCCGCAGCCGUAAGUCGUGGCUCAACUUUAUGUGGACCACGCUCCUCACUAUCCUUUGGAUCGCUCCCAACGCCAUGAUUGCCAUCUUCCUCGUCAACCUGAGUAACCUCGGCAACUUCUGGCCCGACUUCCAGAGGUCUCUCUCGGCCAACACCACUGUCUGGGGUAUCGUCCAGGGUAUUCUCUCACCCUCGGUCAUGUCGCUCGUCUACCUGGUCCUGCCCACCAUAUUCCGACGCCUGGCCAUCCGGGCUGGUGACAAGACUAAGACGGGGCGCGAGAGGCACGUUUUGUCCCGCCUCUACAAUUUCUUCAUCUUCAACAACCUCAUCGUCUUCACCCUCUUCAGCGUGAUCUGGACCUUUGUCGCCGGUGUCGUCGACAGCACUUCCAAGGGCCGCGAUGGCUGGGAGGCCAUCAAGAAGCAAGACAUCAGCGAGGGUGUCUUCAUCUCGCUGUGCCGCAACAGUCUCUUCUGGGUCACCUACCUGCUGCAGCGCCAGCUCGGCGCCGCCGUUGACCUGGCCCAGCUGUACCCCCUGCUCGAGGCUUUCUUCAUCAAGAAGUUCUCGAGCCCUACGCCCCGGGAGCUGAUUGAGAUGACGGCCCCUCCGCCCUUUGAGUACGCCAGUUAUUACAAUUACUUCCUGUUCUACGCCACCGUCGCCCUCUGCUACGCCAGCAUCCAGCCCCUCGUGCUUCCUGCCACGGCUCUGUACUUUGUCAUUGACGCAUACCUCAAGAAGUAUCUCAUCCUCUACCGCUUCGUCACCAAGACGGAGUCUGGCGGCGUCUUCUGGCGCGUUCUCUUCAACCGCUUCAUCUUUGCCACCGUCCUCUCCAACCUGGUCGUGCUCCUGAUCCUGUGGAACCGCGGAGACGGCACAAUGUACCAGUUCUACAGUGUCUGCCCCCUGCCUUUCCUCAUGAUUGGUUUCAAGAUCUACUGCCGCAAGGUGUUUGACGCCAAGAUCCGCUACUACAGCACCCGCAACGUCGGCAAGCAUCCCGAGGCCGGUGCCCAGAAGGAGGACCGGCAGCGAAGCGACCGCCUGGCCAGCCGCUUCGGUCACCCCUCGCUCUACCAGAAACUCAUCACCCCCAUGGUCCAUCAAAAGGCCCAGAACCUGCUGCCCGCCAUCUACACAGGUCGCCUGACGGACGGCCGUGAUGGCGGUGACGACGAACUGAUGAGUGUCAGCGGCUACUCGGAUGUCUACGCUAUGAAGAACAUGAACGGCGGCGGCGGCGGCAGACCGGGCAAGCCGGCCAACAGCAACAUGCCGGGCUUCGAGUACGUUUCGGAGUCGCAUAUGGAUUUCGAGUACUACAAGAACCGUGCAGAGUUUGCCGAGGACCACGGCGGCGGCGAGAUCUUUGGCCGGCCCGGCGAGAUUAUACGGACCGACACACCCGGGACGGCGAGCGAGUUUGGUUUUGGAUCCCGAGCGGGCACCCCUCUAUCUGGAGGUCGGUCCGUGCCGACGCCGUUUUCGCCGGGUGCCGCCGACAUGUCGUACCAAGGCGCCCGGGGCGUUCCCAACCGCGGCUUCACGCCACCCGUGCCGCCUCUCGGUAACGUGGACCGGACUUUCAAUCACAGCCCCCUAUACGCCCAGGACAAUGGCAGCACAUCGAAUCUCGUGUCCAACGCGCAACCGCUGGGUAUGGCCCCGCUAGGCGGGGAAAGCCUCGCGCCGUCACGCACUCCGAGCCCCAUGGCCCCCAUGAACCGGCACCCGACUCCUGUGCGCAGUCACAGCCCCGGACCCUCGGUGGGUGCCAUGGGGGGUGGGCCCUCUGGUUACAGCGGCCUAGCACAGGCAGAGUACCCGAUUGAGGGGGGGGACGAUGCCACGCAGUACAACUAUUUCAGGUCGGGUGCACGUGGUGGUAGGCGUCCAGGUGAGGGGCGGUAG